GCGGGCCCGGGAGAUGCCGGUGUCUACGGCCGGAGCGGCGGCUGCAGCGGCGGCGGCGGCGGCGGGGCCCGGACGGGGGGCCCUGGCUGGCGCGUAGCUGAGACCAUGGAGGGGCAGAGCGGCCGUUGCAAGAUCGUGGUGGUGGGGGACGCGGAGUGCGGCAAGACGGCGCUGCUGCAGGUGUUCGCCAAGGACGCCUACCCCGGGAGUUAUGUCCCUACCGUAUUUGAGAACUACACAGCCAGCUUUGAGAUCGACAAGCGCCGCAUAGAGCUCAACAUGUGGGACACUUCAGGUUCCUCCUAUUAUGACAAUGUCCGACCACUGGCCUACCCAGACUCUGAUGCUGUCCUUAUCUGCUUUGAUAUCAGCAGGCCGGAGACACUUGACAGUGUGCUCAAGAAGUGGCAAGGGGAGACCCAGGAGUUCUGUCCUAAUGCUAAGGUUGUUCUGGUCGGGUGUAAACUGGACAUGAGGACAGACCUAGCCACACUGAGGGAGCUCUCCAAACAGCGGCUCAUCCCUGUCACACAUGAGCAGGGCAGCGUCCUUGCCCGGCAGGUAGGGGCUGUGUCUUAUGUUGAGUGUUCAUCCCGGUCAUCUGAGCGCAGUGUCCGAGAUGUGUUCCAUGUGGCCACUGUGGCCUCCCUUGGUCGUGGCCACAGGCAGCUUCGUCGAAGUGAUUCGAGGAGAGGCCUACAGAGGUCAGCACAGCUGCCUGGGAGGUCGGACAAGGGGGCUGAGGCAGAGAUUCGCAAGGACCGAGCCAAGAGCUGCAGCGUCAUGUGAGGGGAUCAGAGAGGACAGCCCCAGACACCCAGCUGAGCCCGAGGGGGAGUGCUGGGGGGGGGGUCAAGCUCACCCAUGACACCUUCCCCCCCCCCAGGACUCACCC